AUGUUGAUGGUCAUUGGGCCGGAUGAUGCUUCAUUGUUUGAGUGCGCAAAGUCGGUGGACGGCGAGAGUACGCACCUGUCGCGGCAGUUGAUGCUGUACGCCUCGCUAGAUCUCUUGGAUGACGUUCUCUGGAAAACAGGGGACUUCCUCCUUCCUGCGAUUGACCGGCCAUUAGAAGGAAAGUACUACGUUUCUGCGUACGUAGGCUUUGCACCUAUCAAACUGCUUCUCAUGCAAGAGCAGGAGCCUAACAAAAACACCCGCCAGUUUAUGAAUGAAGUCUACGGACUCUGCGUGCGAUAUCUUUUGAAUCCCUUUUCGUUCCCAAACACCCCUGUUCGAUCUACACUGGGGGAGAAGGUGCGUCGGCUAUAUGAGCGCCACUCUUAG